AUGCAGGUUAUCUUUUUGCAGGAUGUGACCAAUCAGGCCCAUGCCGGAGACAUUAAGCGGGUAGCCGACGGCUACGCCCGGAAUUUUCUGAUUCCCAAGGGACUGGCGGAGGUUGUAACCCCCGAAAUCCUUAAGCGAGCACAUAAGAUCAAGGUUGCCGGCGACCAGCAGCGCGCCAGGGAAACCCAGGUAAUGGAAGAACUGGCCCAGUUGCUGGACAAUACCACUAUUAACGUGGCCGCCCGUAUUACGCCCACUGGCCGCUACUACGGGGCGAUAAACGACACCCGCAUCGCCGAGUGCCUGUCCGAAACGCUGGGAAGAGAAAUUGACCGGCGCCUUGUCUCCACCAUUGAGCCCAUCCGGGAACCGGGUGAAUACGAAGCCAUCCUGCGGCUGUCUUCAGAUAUAACAGCGACUAUAAACAUAGUGGCCGAAACUGAAGUGUAA